CCAAAAUGAUUUUGAAAUAUAAUUAUAUAACGACUUAAAAGAGCCGACAUAAUGCGCAGCGCAUCCUAACCACGCCCACUGUGUACUCUGCUCGUAAUACGGUAGUCAUGAAUAAUUCAUACACCCUGCCUUUUGUGCCCAUGUUAUUAUUGAUCUUACAAUUACUACUGUACCCGUAGCCAGGCAGUAUAGGACUAGAUGUACAUGUACACACAGUGUCGAUGUAUACUGUGGUAAAGUGGAGAACAAUAAUCAUGAUAUAAUGGAGGUAUGGACAUUCUUUGACUGAAAUUCUUGAUAUACAUCCUUGUAGCCGCUAAAUAACCUUAUCUGCUGUGAGGAUUGUUUCAACUCGAUGCCGGAUAAUGGAGGGGAGUAACUCGCGAUAUGUCACAUUCAGACAAUAUCUGCUGUUUGUUCUUAACUUUCUUGUCUGGUCAAUCGGAGGUACUUUAAUCGCCGUUGGUAUCUGGGCCAAAGUGAGUAAAGGAGGUUUUGAUGACUUGUCUACGCUAGACACAGAUCCCACUACCUACAUCAUCAUCAGUGGAUGCGUUCUCUUCAUGAUCUCUGGCUUUGGAUGUAUCGGUGCGCUGAGACAAAACUUAUGCCUCCUCUAUACCUUCUGUGCCUCACUGGUUUUUCUGAUCAUUCUGCAAUUGGUGGGAGGCAUCUUGGUUUUGCUGCUUCAAGAAACGGUCCUCGAGUCGGCGCUCCUUUUCUUUGAGCGCGCGAUAGUUCGUUACCGUGACGACGUUGACCUACAAGAUGCCGUCGAUUAUGUACAAGCAGAGUUUCAAUGUUGCGGAGCGGCAAGUUACGCAGACUGGCAGAUGAACGUGUACUUCAACUGUUCCUCACCCGGACGCGAGGCGUGUGGUGUCCCGUAUUCAUGUUGUAUUGAUUGGAACAUGAACUUUCAAUGUGGACUAGACAUUAGAACCAAAACGAAAUAUGAGAUCUACUCCACGAUUCACAUCCAUGGCUGCGUGGAUUCCUUUGUUCUAUGGAUGAAGGAUAAUAUUCUUCUACUUGGGCUUCUGGUAUUUGCGUCAUUGUUCUUGCAGAUUUUCACCUUGUUUCUAUCCCACUGGCUGAUACGCGACGUUACAUUAAUCAAGAAAUAUUCCGAAGAAGCAGCAGAAGCCACACAGCAGUUCCCUGCUCGGUGAAAAGUUUGAAAUAAUACCUUUAUG